GGGACGGAGGCGGAGGCUCGGGACGGCCUGUCGCUGGAGGGGGGACUCCCCCCAUCCCCAACGCAUUACCCAUCCAAGAGGAACCCCUCAACCCAACCGUGCAUCUGCAGCCGGUCCAGUUGGGAAUUUAGGAAUUGGUACUGUUCACUGCCCGGGACUUGCCGCCGGCACCGCUCCAGGAUCCCCCCUAUCGCAGCCGACAGGGGCUCGCUGGGGACCACCCCUCAACACCCUCCAGCCUUUUGCUAGAGCCUGCACCACUGUGCGAGUUUGAGGAGGAACAUGAAGGUGGGCUGGCCAGGUGAAAGCCGCUGGCAGGUGGGCCUGGCUGUCGAGGAUAGCCCAGAUCUGGGAGUACUGCCUGUGGGGAGCCUCCCCGACGUGGUGCCUGAGGGGACACUGCUCAACAUGGUGCUGAGGAGGAUGCAUCGGCCCCGAAGCUGCUCCUACCAGCUGCUGCUGGAGCAUCGGCGCCCCAGCCGCAUCCAGGGGCUUCGCUGGACACCACUCACGGACAGUGAGGAGUCCCUGGAUUUUGGUGUGAGCCUGGAGCAGGCCUCCACCGAGCGGGUGCUCAGGGCUGGGAAGCAGCUGCACCGACAUCUCCUGGCCACCUGCCCAAACCUCAUCCGAGACCGCAAGUACCACCUUAGGCUCUAUCGGCAGUGCUCCUCUGGCCGGGAGCUGGUGGAUGGCCUCUUGGCCCUGGGGCUUGGAGUCCACUCCCGGAGCCAAGCCGUGGGAAUCUGCCAGGUGCUGCUGGAUGAAGGUGCCCUCUGCCAUGUGAAACACGACUGGACCUUCCAGGACCGAGAUGCCCAAUUCUACCGUUUCGCCGGCCCAGAGCCGGAGCCCGCAGGAGUCCACGAGCUGGAGGAGGAGUUGGUUGAGGCUAUGGCCCUGCUCUCCCAACGGGGGCCUGAUGCCCUGCUCACAGUGGCACUUCGAAAGCCCCCUGGUCAGCGCACAGACGAGGAGCUGGACCUCAUCUUUGAGGAGCUGCUGCACAUCAAGGCCGUGGCCCAUCUCUCCAACUCGGUGAAGCGGGAAUUAGCAGCAGUUCUGCUCUUUGAACCACACAGCAAGGCAGGGACCGUGUUGUUCAGCCAGGGAGACAAGGGCACCUCGUGGUACAUUAUCUGGAAGGGGUCCGUCAACGUGGUGACCCAUGGCAAGGGGCUGGUGACCACACUGCACGAGGGUGACGACUUCGGACAGCUGGCGCUGGUGAACGAUGCGCCCCGGGCAGCCACCAUCAUUCUGCGAGAAGACAACUGUCAUUUCCUCCGGGUGGACAAGCAGGACUUCAACCGCAUCAUCAAGGAUGUGGAAGCAAAGACCAUGAGGCUGGAAGAGCAUGGCAAAGUGGUGUUGGUGCUGGAGAGAACCUCUCAGGGUGCCGGCUCUUCUCGCCCCCCAACCCCAGGCAGGAACCGGUAUACGGUGAUGUCUGGCACCCCAGAGAAGAUCCUAGAACUGCUGCUGGAGGCCAUGCGGCCUGAUUCCAGUGCUCAUGACCCAACAGAGACAUUCCUCAGCGACUUCCUCCUGACCCACAGCGUCUUCAUGCCCAGUGCCCAGCUCUGCGCUGCCCUACUGCACCACUUCCAUGCGGAGCCCGCAGGAGGCAGUGAGCAGGAGCGCAGCUCCUACAUCUGCAACAAGCGGCAGCAGAUCCUGCGGCUGGUUGGCCAGUGGGUGACCCUGUCCGGCCCUGUGCUCUACGCCGACCCUGUGGCCACCAGCUUCCUCCAGAAACUCUCUGACCUGGUGAGCAGGGAUUCCCGGCUCAGCCCCCUGCUGCGGGAGCAGGGGCCCGACAGGCGGCGACUCCACAGGUUGGAAAACGGCUGUGGGAAUGCGUCUCCUCAGAUGAAGGCCUGGAACGUGCCUGUUUGGCUCCCCAGCCAGGACGAGCCCCUCCCCAGCAGCACCUGUGCCAUCCGAGUUGGGGACAAAGUCCCCUAUGAAAUCUGCCAGCCGGACCACUCGGUGCUGACCUUGCAGCUGCCUGUGACAGCCUCGGUGAGAGAGGUGAUGGCAGCGUUGGCGCAGGAGGACAGCUGGACCAAGGGGCAGGUGCUGGUGAAGGUCAAUUCUGCAGGUGAUGCCAUUGGCCUGCAGCCAGAUGCCCGUGGCGUGGCCACAUCCCUGGGGCUCAAUGAGCGGCUCUUUGUUGUCAGCCCACAGGAAGUGCACAAGCUGACCCCACACCCCGAGCAGCUGGGGCCCACUGUGGGCUCUGCCGAGGGGCUGGACCUGGUGAGCGCCAAGGACCUGGCGGGCCAGCUGACGGACCACGACUGGAACCUCUUCAACAGCAUCCACCAGGUGGAGCUGAUCCACUUCGUGCUGGGCCCCCAGCACCUGCGGGAUGUCACCACCGCCAACCUGGAGCGCUUCAUGCGUCGCUUCAACGAGCUGCAGUACUGGGUGGCCACGGAGCUGUGUCUCUGCCCCGUGCCCGGCCCGCGGGCCCAGCUGCUCAGGAAGUUCAUCAAGCUGGCGGCCCACCUCAAGGAACAAAAGAAUCUCAAUUCCUUCUUUGCUGUCAUGUUUGGCCUCAGCAACUCAGCCAUUAGCCGCCUGGCCCACACCUGGGAGCGGCUGCCCCACAAAGUCCGGAAGCUGUACUCUGCCCUUGAAAGGCUGUUGGACCCCUCAUGGAACCACAGGGUCUAUCGACUGGCCCUCACCAAGCUCUCCCCGCCCAUCAUCCCCUUCAUGCCCCUUCUUCUCAAAGACAUGACCUUCAUCCAUGAGGGAAACCACACACUGGUGGAGAAUCUCAUCAACUUUGAGAAGAUGCGAAUGAUGGCCAGAGCCGUGCGGAUGCUGCACCACUGCCGAAACCACAGCAACGCACCUCUCUCACCACUCAGAAGCCGUGUUUCCCACCUGCAUGAGGAUGGCCAGGCGGCAAGGGUUUCCACGUGCUCGGAGCAGUCCCUGAGCACCCGGAGUCCAGCUAGCACCUGGGCGUACGUCCAGCAGCUGAAGGUCAUCGACAACCAGCGGGAACUCUCCCGCCUCUCCCGGGAGCUGGAGCCAUGAGGGGGCUGGGGCUGGAGCAGGCACUUCCGGCGGGAUGGGCCAUGCCGGGAAAGCCGGGGCAGGCCUGGGCCCAGAGGCCCGCAGGCUGUUCACACUGGACAGGGCUCUCCGCGGAGUGCACUCGAGGCCCUGGAGCGGGCAGCAUGGAGGCAGCUGUCCCCUGUGGUGGAUGGUGGCCAAGGAGGACCUCGGAUUGGAACUGAGCCGGGGGCCCCUGGCCGAGGAGUGGGGUGGGGUGGCAGAGAGGACCUGAAUGCCUGAAUGUGGGUGGAAGAGCCGAGCCGGGCGCUGGACAAUGUGUUCAAUAGAGAGCUCUCCACACCAAGUUUUUUCCAGAUUCUGUGCCUUGGGCUUUGUUGUCCGGCCGUCUCCAGGCCCCUGUGGUUUGUUUUCACAGUGGCCAUGUGUGUGGCAGGGGUAGGGGCUGCUGCGACGGCUGUCUCCCCCGGGAGGGGAGCGGAGCGGAGAGGGAAGUCCUGCUUUUCUUUCCACAGCAUCUGAGAUAAACAGCUGGGUGUGGUCAGGGCUGGUUGUACAGGAGUGGUGGUCCCUGAGGAGUUUAUUGUUACCAUAAAUUAACAAAACUGUG